UGCAAAGAGCCAGCCAGUGGCAAGAAACAGAAAAAUAGCACAAGACACAAAUAAGACAGGUGCAUAAUAUAAAUAGUCCUGAUCCUGCUCCGUGAUCCUUAACCGUACCCUAUUAUUCCGGCCGCGACUGUCAAGUGAAGUUUAACACAAAUGUAAACAGUGGCGUCGCCAAACGCAGCAGGAGGAGUCCCCAAAUCCAUUGCAGCACUGCACCCCCGCAAACAAAAAAUUCUGUGCCAUGGGCACCAAGGAGUCGAAACACUCCAAUAGCAUCAGCUACGAGGAUUCGGUGAAGCGCGUUAGCGAUGUGGAGCUUCGACGCCUGAGGGAUGCCUUCAAAAAGUCGGCGGGCGUUGGCCGGAAUUUCCUCAGUCGGAAUGCCUUCCAGCAGGAUGUGCUCUGCGAGGGAGUUCCGCCGAAGAUCACGGACAUGCUAUACACCGCAUGCGGUGGCACCCAGCGCGGCAUCUCCUUCAACGAUUUGCUCUGCGGCCUCGUCCUGAUCACACGAGGCACUCAGGAGGAGAAAACCAAAUUCCUGUGGAACCUCUACUGUAACGAUGCCGGCACCUUUAUUAUAAAAUCGGAUUAUGUGCGGAAUGUGAACCUGGCUCCAUAUGAGAGCGUCUCCCUCUUCGCCCAAAGCGAACGCGUCAAUUUCGAUCAGUUUCAGGACUGGAUCAUUAAGCAUCCCAAUGCCACUGUGCUCUCAAAGUGGUUGCUAUCCGACAACUGUGUCAGUCUCACUUCGGAGCUGGAAACGCCUACGUUUUACCAGAGCCUCGCUGGAGUGACGCAUCUCGAGGAGAAGGACAUUGGUGAUCUGGAGAAAGAGUUCUGGCGCUUGAAGAACACUUCGCAAAACGGACAAAUUGAUCUGCAAUUCCUGGGCCCCCUAAUUAGCCCACCGAUACCAAAGAAUGCGCUGGCAGGACUUUUCAAUGCCUUCGAUGAGAACCGCGACGGGCACAUUGACUUUAAGGAGUUAUGUUGCGGAGUCAGUGCCGCCUGUCGAGGACCUGGCGUGGAAAGGACACGCUUUUGCUUUAAAAUCUUCGAUGUGGAUCGCGAUGGCGUUCUAAGUCACGAGGAGACGCUGCAGAUGAUCAAUGUGCUGUUGUUGGUGGCCAAGGAGAACCGCGAGGCGCAGCAGUACAAAGACCUGACCAAGCAGCUGGUGAUAAGUGAUCUGCUGGAGUUCGGCCAGCGUAGGAGUCCGGAUGGAACGCCAAGCAAGCUAACCCGCGACAAUGUCUCACUCACCGCCGAGGAUUUUAUGCUGUGGAAUGUGCAGUGCGACUUGAGACUCAUGCAGCCCCUGCUGGACUUGAUCUUCGAGCUGUGCCACAUUGUGUUUGGCUUGUGGCCGCAGUGCAAGCACAUGGAGAACGACAUAGUCCGCGGAUGGCUGCGGCGCGAGGAACGCAGGCCGUACCAUGUGGGUCAGUUCUGGUACUUGAUAUCGCGCAACUGGUGGCUCGGUUGGAUGCAGUACACCCAGCACACGGCACACACCUGUGACUAUUGCAAGCGAACGGCCAGCCAGCGAACCGCUGUCGACGAGGCGGUCGUCUGCGACGAGAGCUUCAAUACCCACAGUCUGGAGCAGCACGACAGCUACUCCCUGGGCUCUGGCACGGGAUCGGCAUCGGGUUCCGGCUCGGCGAGCAGUGGCAUCUCAGCGGGAAGGCACUGCGGUCCGGUGCGACCGGGACCCAUCGAUAACAGCAAUCUGAUCACGGCCAAUCCCUUCCGGAAUGUGCGCACCCUGACUGGCGAGGGCGGUCACCUCAAGCGGGACACGCCUCUGGUGCAUCGCCACGACUUUGAAUUGGUGCCCAAGUCCCUGUGGAAAGCCCUGAAUCGAUGGUAUGGCGAUAAUCUGCCAUUGCCAAGACAGGUCAUUCAACCGCCAAAUUCGGAUGUGGAACUAGAGCUGUACCCGCUGAACCUGCGGAUUCUACUCCACCAAGCGCAGCCAUCGCAAACAGGCGUUGGCGGCGGAACUCAGUUGGGCAGCUGGGGAUCCUCGGUGAGCGGUGGCUAUGGAGUCCUGGCCUCCGGAGGCGGAUAUGCGGCCAUAGCAGCCAGCAGUGUGCUUCAGCCACCCAAGAGAUAUCUGGCUUACACGGCUGCCUUCAGUCGAUUGGCCACUGUGCGUCAAGUGGGCGAUUUCCUGUGCGAGCAGCUGCGUCUCAAAUCGGAGGACAUACGGCUGUGGCACGUUCCGCAGCUGGACAACGGUGUCAUACUGCUGGAGGAGGAUUCCAUGUGCCUGAAGGAGCUGCUCAUUCGGGACAAUGACCAACUGCUGCUCGAGAUUCGCAACAAGGAUCUCACCUGGCCGGAGGAGCUCGGUUCGCUGGCCACGGCUCAAAGUGGACAGGGAGCGGGAACGCCGGGCGAUCGGCGACGACUCACACGCAGCUCAAUUAUGUCGGUGCAUGCACCGGGAGCCACGGGGCUGCACAACCUGGGCAACACCUGCUUCAUGAACGCCGCUCUCCAGGUGCUCUUCAAUACGCAACCGCUGGCGCAGUAUUUCCAGCGGGAGAUGCAUCGUUUCGAGGUGAAUGCGGCCAACAAACUGGGCACCAGGGGCCAGCUGGCCAUGCGCUAUGCGGAGCUGCUGAAGGAGGUGUGGACCGCCACGACGAGAUCGGUGGCGCCGCUCAAGCUGCGCUUCUGCGUCAACAAGCAUGCACCCCAGUUCGCCGGCGGUGGGCAGCACGAUUCGCAGGAGCUGCUCGAGUGGCUGCUGGACGCCCUGCAUGAGGAUCUCAACCGCGUGAUGGAGAAGCCGUACAGUGAGCUAAAGGACUCCAACGGGCGCCCAGACAAAAUUGUGGCCGCCGAGGCUUGGUCGCAGCAUCAUGCCCGCAAUCAAUCCAUCAUCAUCGAUUUGUUCUACGGCCAGUUAAAGUCAAAGGUCAGCUGCCUGGGCUGUGGACACGAGUCGGUGCGAUUCGAUCCAUUUAGUUUGCUUAGCCUGCCGUUGCCAGUUGAGAACUACGUCUAUUUGGAGGUUCUAGUAAUCCUGUUGGAUGGAAGCGUGCCCAUUAAAUACGGCUUUCGCCUGAACUCGGAAAGCAAAUACUCGCAUCUGAAACACAAGUUGUCGACGCUGUGCUCCCUGCCGCCAAAUUUGAUGCUCGUCUGCGAGCUGUGGAACUCGCAAAUACGCCAGGUGCUGGCCGACGAGGAGAAGCUGCGAACGCAGAGCGCCAAGGAGCUGUACGUCUAUCAGCUGCCCGAACAGAGUGUGCGAACGCGAUCCAAUUCCGUGCUCAGCAUGCACAUCGAGCAGGGUCUCAAGGACAUACAACGCAGUUCCGCACUCAUCACGGCACAGGACUCGCUGUCCUCGCUGAGCACGUUGCAGACCUCCAGCCAGCGCACCUCGUCUCGAGUCCUUUGCAACGGACAUGUUCCGGGACUCGAUGUCGAAGUAGAGCCGGAGAUUGAGCUCGAGGCGGACAUUUCGCGCUUUAACAGCAAUGGCAGCAGCAAUAAUUACAAUCCUAUCGUUAGCAAUUUCAGCGGAAACGGAAGCGGCGAGAACCAAGUGCACGAACUGCUGCCAGAUGAGGCCGGAAAGGUAAGCCGGUGCUUUGGAAAGAGAGAGUGCAUGCCCCACAGCCUAUUUUGCUUCAAGGAGUCGCUCGUCCUGAGCUCCAGUCCGGAGAACACUUUCAUGCACGGCACGGCUGCCCAGCAGAAGCGCGUGUCCUCCGCCAAGUUGCUGCACACGGAGAGCAACACCAGUUCGAUGUCCUACACAAAUCACUCGGGCGAGAACUCCAUGGAGAGCUCGCUGACGGAGCCGAUUCCUCUGGCCGAUCUGGCGCCGGUGGCGAAUAGUCGCCAUGGCAGCGGCAGUGAUGACAGCUCCUACCGGACAUCGCCGAACGAUUCCAGUGGCCUGAGCACUGGUCACACGCUGGGCGCCAGCCUGGAUGUGGACGAGCAGGCGGAGGAGGGCAACGAGGAGGAGCACGACCAAAGGGAUCAGAUAACCACAUCGCAGCCGGAGACGAGCAGUGGGGUUUACUCGCGUCGCUCCUCACAACCGCCGCACAAGGCGGGCAAAUAUUUGGUGGCAGUGCAUCGCAAGAUUACCCGUCACGACAGCUACUUCCUCUCCUAUCACAAAACGAGGCCAAGUCUGUUCGGGGUCCCCCUGCUAAUCCCGAACAGCGAGGGUGGCACCCACAAGGAUCUGUACUGUGCCGUUUGGCUGCAGGUGAGCCGGUUGCUCAGCCCACUGCCCGCCACCACGGAUCAGGCAAAUCAUGCCGCCGAUUGUGACGACAGCCUGGGCUACGACUUUCCCUUCACGUUGCGUGCCGUCAAAGCGGACGGCCUCACCUGCGCCAUUUGUCCCUGGUCGAGUUUCUGUCGGGGAUGCGAGAUCCGCUGCAACAAUGACUACGUACUCCAGGGAGCCCUGCCGCCCAUCAAUGCUGCGGCCAGUAAUACCUCGACGCCAAAAAUGAACGCUAAAUUCCCAUCGCUACCAAAUCUGGAGGCUAAACGGACGCCAGAGUACACCGCCUCGUUGUCGUACACGCCGACAACGAAAUAUUUUGAAGAUUUUACCAUUGCCAUCGACUGGGAUCCGACCGCCCUGCAUUUGCGCUACAAAAGCACCUUGGAGCGACUCUGGGUGGAUCACGAAACCAUUGCCAUAAGUCGGCGGGAGCAAGUUGAGCCCGUUGAUCUGAAUCAUUGCCUGCGCGCGUUCACCUCCGAGGAGAAACUGGAACAGUGGUACCACUGCAGCCACUGCAAGGGCAAGAAACCCGCCACCAAGAAGCUGCAGAUUUGGAAACUGCCUCCGAUAUUGAUUGUGCACUUGAAGCGUUUCAACUGCGUCAACGGCAAGUGGGUGAAGUCCCAGAAGGUGGUGCACUUUCCAUUCGACGACUUCGAUCCCACACCCUAUUUGGCCUCAGUGCCCCAGGAGACGAUAUUGCGGCACAAGGAGCUGCUGGAACUUAAGAAGGAUGCCGACUUAAGUAUGGCCACUAAUGAGGUGGUGAGCGAAUUGGACGAGAUUGAUGGAGGCAGUAGAAGCGACAAGGAGGAACUCGAAACGCAAAAGGGGACAGCUUCAGCGACUCCAGCGCCCAGCGCGAAUAUCCUGCGCCAGAACAAGUCCAUCAAUGUUAACCGGCGACAGAGGCUCAUCUCGACGAGUCUCACCAAAACUCCGAUUGUGGAUGGAGAGUUCGAGGACUAUCACCAGCAUCGACUCAAGCCGGAGGUGGAUGAGUUCGAUCCGAAGUAUCGAUUGUAUGCUGUUGUGUCUCACUCGGGCAUGCUGAAUGGAGGCCACUACAUUUCCUAUGCAUCGAAUGCAACUGGUUCCUGGUAUUGCUACAACGACAGCUCCUGCCGCGAGAUAUCCUCGAAGCCGGUUAUCGAUCCCAGUGCCGCCUAUCUGCUGUUCUACGAGCGCAAGGGCCUGGACUACGAGCCGUAUUUGCCGAACAUCGAGGGACGAACGCUGCCCAGUGCCGCCAGUGUGCCGCUCGAGGUGGACGAGACCGAGGGAGAGCUGAAGAAGCUGUGCUCAAUUUCCUAACUGAUGUCCCCCACUUCCUCCCGGCACUGUGGGCUAUCAUGGCAUCAUGGCUACAAAGAUUAUCCAUUCUCCAUUCUUCACCGUUUGCGUUUUGCUUUCGCACCGCGUAUGUUUUGUUAUUUACUAUUUUAAGAUGAUUUUCUUGAGUUUUCCCCAAUAGUAGUUGUGUUUAGCCCCGUAAUUAGUUGUAAGCCUAAUUCUAUUCUAUUUCUUUGCCGAGAAUUGAUUAAUGCAUGUAAUAUAUACACAAUAUUCAAGGUUAGCUUGUAAAUAAUACGUUAAAUUGGUUGGCCAAUGUGGGGCCUUUUGUUUGCUGCGCCGAACAAAUACCUCCUCAUUUAUUUCUUGUUACUUUGUUUUUGUUGUACUCUAUAUAAUUUUAAAUUCGUAAUUGUAUUAGGCCAGCAGGGCCAGCUUAUUAUUAUUUAUGCCAGACCAUGUCGGGAUAUUCCAUUAAUUUGUAAUUAUAACUGCUGUAAAUAACAGGCGGAAGUGAAACCCGAACGAACGGCAACCAAACGUUGUAGACAGUUUGAUAUUAAACAGCAAUAUCAAUAUCCAGAUGUUACGAAUUUCAUCCCAAGAACUCGCAGACUAUUGUUGCUCUACUCAUACGUAUUUACAUACAUGUAUUGAUUGGCUUUUUGUGACGCGCCGAUUCGAUUCGGUUCGAAAUUAGUAUUGCGCUUAUCAGAUAUGACUUCAAUAUGUCUAACGAUUAUGUAUUUGAUAUUUACAAACUAUAUAUAUAUACACCCACAGAUAUAUAUAUAUAUACACAUAAAGAACAUACCUAAUUUAUAUUAAUAUACAUGAACUUGAUGAUAUAUUCGAAACGAAAAGCUAUGAAUAAAACAACUUUUAUCGCUUAA